AUACUUAACUUAGGAGUAGUGGGCCAAAACUCGCUCACCUUCGUCCUGUGUUUCGCUACGGCCUGCCAUCAGUGCAGCUCAGCCCUUGGAAGCAUUGAAAGGCCAUAAGACCCCUCCCAUCAGCUGUGGUUCUUACCAUUUCUCCCAUCUACAUCAGUUCCCUUGACUUCUUAUUUCUUUUGGGUACCCGCUUCUCGCCCGAGAUACUGCACUACAGAUCCAUUUAGGGGCUCCCUUUCUAAUCGCCACCCCAAAUCAAGCUUAUUCUUCUAGGCCGCUGGCAAGAUGUGUGGUAUUUUCGGAUACGUCAGUUAUUUAGUAGAGAAAGACAGAAAGUUCAUUAUUGACACACUUGUUAAUGCCCUGUCCGGCCUCGAGUAUCGUGGUUACGACUCUGCCGGUUUAGCCGUCGACGGUGAUAAGAAGAACACAGUCCUCGCCUUCAAGGAGGUUGGAAAGGUUGCUAAUCUUAAGCAACUCAUCGAGGAUGAGAAGCCAGAUCUCACCAAAGUCUUCGACUCACAUGCCGGCAUUGCACACACAAGAUGGGCAACACACGGUACUCCUUCCCGCUUGAACUGCCACCCUCACCGAUCCGAUCCGAACUGGGAGUUCUCGAUUGUUCAUAACGGUAUCAUUACCAACUACAAGGAGCUGAAGACCCUCUUGGUCUCUAAGGGCUUCAGGUUUGAGACAGAGACCGACACCGAGUGUAUUGCAAAGCUCGCCAAGUACAUCUACGACCAACAGUCUAGUAUCGACUUUGUCGACCUGGCCAAGUCCGUUAUCAACGAGCUUGAGGGAGCUUACGGUCUGCUGAUUAAGUCUGUCCACUACCCCCACGAGGUUAUUGCUGCCCGCAAGGGUUCGCCCCUCGUUGUUGGCGUCAAGACUCAGAAGCGCAUUAAGGUUGACUUCGUCGAUGUCGAGUACUUUGAGGAGGACGCUCUCCCUGCCGAGGCUGCCUCGCAAAAUGCCGCUCUCAAGAAGACCUCGGACAACUUCUUGACCCCUAAUGCCGCUAUGCCAGCUACCGCCGAUAAGCUUCUACUCCAUCGCUCGCUCUCUCGUGCCUUUAUGACGGACGAUGGGAUGCCCAUGCCCGCUGAGUUCUUCCUUUCCUCCGACCCGGCUGCCAUUAUCGAGCACACCAAAAAAGUCAUGUACCUUGAGGAUGACGAUAUUGCCCAUAUCCACGACGGCUCCUUGAAUAUCCACCGUCUCAAGAAGGCUGACGGUAGCUCCAACGUCCAAACUAUUCAGACUCUGGAGCUCGAGCUUCGGGAGAUCAUGAAGGGCAAGUUCGACCACUUCAUGCAGAAGGAGAUUUUUGAGCAGCCUGAGUCCGUUAUUAAUACCAUGAGAGGUCGUCUGGACUCCGAUAAGAAGACCGUCGUGUUGGGUGGUCUUAGAUCAUACAUUGCGACAAUCCGCAGAUGCCGUCGUAUCAUCUUCAUUGCUUGCGGCACAAGUUACCACUCUUGUAUGGCCGUUCGAGGUAUCUUCGAGGAACUCACAGAAAUCCCCAUCGCUGUGGAGUUGGCUUCCGACUUUUUUGACAGACAGGCCCCUGUCUUCCGUGACGAUACCUGCGUGUUCGUCUCUCAAUCUGGUGAGACUGCCGACUCCCUCAUGGCUCUUCGAUACUGCUUGGAGCGUGGCGCCCUCACGGUUGGUGUCGUGAACGUUGUUGGUUCCUCUAUCUCUUUGCUCACACAUUGCGGUGUCCACGUCAACGCUGGUCCCGAAAUCGGUGUUGCCUCCACCAAGGCCUACACCUCGCAGUUCAUAGCUAUGGUCAUGUUUGCUCUGUCUCUUAGUGGAGACCGUAUAUCUAAGGCGCAGAGACGUCUGGAGAUUAUAGAGGGUCUCAGCAAGAUCUCAGAACAGAUCAAGCAGAUCCUGGAGCUUGACCAGCCGAUCAAAGAGCUUUGCAAGAACACCUUCAAGAACCAGAAGUCGCUGCUGCUGCUUGGACGUGGCAGCCAGUUCUCCACUGCCCUUGAACGUGCUCUGAAGAUUAAGGAAAUAUCCUACCUUCACUGCGAGGCUGUCAUGUCUGGUGAGCUCAAGCACGGCGUCUUGGCUCUUGUCGAUGAGAAUCUUCCCAUCAUCAUGAUUUUGACCCGGGACGGCCUCUUCAAGAAGUCACUCAACGCUUACCAACAACUUGUUACACGUGGUGGCAAGCCGAUUGUCAUCUGCAACCCCGGUGACGAAGAGUUCAAGGCCAACCUGGCUGAGAAGAUCGAGGUUCCCAAGACCGUCGACUGCCUGCAAGGUCUCCUAAACGUCAUUCCUCUGCAGCUCAUUGCCUACUGGCUGGCUGUCAUGGAGGGUUUGAACGUCGACUUCCCCCGUAACUUGGCCAAGUCUGUUACUGUCGAGUAAAGCGGUUUGAUGUACGAAUGACAUUUGUCUGUUCUCAUGACUUGGUGUUGGCUGUACAAGGAAUAAAGUAGCUGCAGUCAUUGAUGACCACGGGUAGUUUUCGGACAUCGCUGGCUUACAUUAGGUCCGGUCUAAGGAGCAGUCAGCUACAGGAAUAGAUCUGUAGUCCCCGGGCAAGCAGAGGAAAUAGGUACUAUGUGGACGAGAUACAGGUCGGACUUGAUUAUGAUUCGACCAUGGCCACAAACCACGUCCUGAUGCCAAUUUACUUCAUCGUUUCGAACAGUUUUUGGUAGAUCAAGGUCAUUCCACUAUUCCUGUAUAAUACAUAGUUAAUUGGCCGGAAAUAAUGGGUACAGCAGUGCGGAGCAUAUGAUUCGGUAGAGUGGCACUGCUGCUAAGCAUGCUAUUACAAUAAAGCCAGCCACCUAGUCUAGUCCAAUCUAGUCUAGUCUCAAACCUUCGCUAAUUGGCCAUGAUCCAAC